AGUGUGCUGCUAUUUUGUCUCUCAAGGGAAGCAAAGCCAAGUCCACCGUGUGUUGUGUUGCUCACAUCACCAGACUCUGUCUUGGGAUUGCAUUAUUGCUUGAGAUCUGCCUUUUCUGCUUCUGGGUUCUUCCCAGAAUAUGAAUAUUGAAAUUUGAAAAGCACCAAUUCUCAAAGCCAAGGUUCAUGAAUCAUUAGGUUUAGGAGAAGAAUCUGAAUCCUACUAAUUGAUGAGGCUUGUGUUCCUGAUCUGACUUUUUGAAAGACGGUCUGUUCCAAUUUCCCAAGAGAUGCAAAAAUGGAGAAGAAGAGAAAGAUUGUGCAGUAUAGGGAGAGGCUGGAUAGAACCCUUGCCUCACCUGAUCUUACAAAUGAUGAGAUGCUCAAAAAGCUUGUUAGAAGUCAACUGCAACCUUCUUCAGAACUCAAUGUAGAAGGAUAUAGAGAGAAAUUAGCCGAAACCAAGACUGCAGAGAUAUCUAAUUUUCUUGAUAUGUUGAGGAGUGCUUCUUCAGAUGAUGGUGGAAGAUCUAAUACAUCGCACACUGAUUGGAAAUUGAAACAAGAUGGUGAAGAGUUUCGUGUUAUGUAUCGCGAAGGACCAGAGGGAACUCCCUUUCACACAAUGCUAGUUGAAGGCUUUGUAGAUGGGCCGGUUGAUGUUUGUUUAUGUAUCUCAUGGGAGACAUCCCUUUACAAAAAAUGGUGGCCUCAGUCUACCAUUCCCUCUUUCAAAAUAUUGUCAGCUGAAUGUUUGCACCAGGUCCAGAUUGGGGAACAAUUAUCACUUGUGAGGGUGAAGGUUUCAUGGCCUUUGUCUACGAGAGAAGCUAUAGUGCACUAUUAUUUGUUUGAGUACUUUCAAGAUGACUUAAUUGUUGUUCUUACAAAUUCGGUCUCCGAGUCAAAGAGUGUCACUGACACCAUUUGUGGUUUUGACAAUGAGGUGAUUCCUGAAGCAAAGGAUGUUGUGAGAGUUGAUUUGGUGGGAGGCUUUGCUUUGCAGAAGGUGACAUCAGAAAGAAGUUACUUUCGGACGAUAGCAAAUAUGGAUGUAAAGCUGGAUUUUGUGCCUCCAUCCUUAAUAAACUUUAUUUCAAGGCAGCUCAUUGGAAAUGGUUUCAGACUUUAUCAGAAGACUGUGGCUUCUAUGAUGAGCCAUGAUAAAGGAGAAUUCACUAAGGCCUUGGAGGACCCAAUAUAUGCUAGAAUUCGUGAAGCUCUAUAUACCACAAGUAGAUCAAAGGCUAUGGAUGUUGGAGAGCUUCAGCAAGUUGCAAGAGUUCUCACUUCUGAAGAUCUUGUUGAAAGUAAGCAAGAUGUAUCUAAGGAAGAUAAAAGCAAUCGGCAUACAAAUAAUGUCAUCUCAAUGGCAAUGAGUACAAAAGCACUAGAUAAUAGCAAAGCACUUAGUGAGAUUGUGGAAGUAGAUUGUGAAGAAAUUGUACAAUGUGAAGAGGAGAAUAAAGAGGUAAAUGACAUUCCAAAUAAGGAAGAGGAGAAUAAAGAAGUAAAUGACAUUCCAAAUAAGGAAGUUGAUGGGAGUGUACUGAGGGAAAAAAGGAGCCUACAUAUCCGAUCAGAGGUAGAACAGGCUCUAGAAACAUUAGACAAGGCCAUUUCAAUGGUGCGUGAACACCGAUAUCAUCCCAGGGUGGCCUCUUCUAGCAUUGACAGUCAAGAAUCCCCUUGCAUGGAAAAAGAAGGUAGGGUUGAUUCACAUUCUGCAAAACUUAUCCAACUCAGUCCUAAAAUUGAGGUUAAUGUUGAAGUACCGAAUAGAGAUACACCAGAGGGAACUUCGCAUGAAGCACUUGAGACUAACUCUGGCAUUCAAAACUUAAGGUAUACAGAAACAAAUUCUAACUUAAGGGAAGUAAAUUCUAACAAAGUAGUCCCAACUUCUUCAGAGAAAAAUCUUUCAAGACCUAUUGAGGCAACCCAGGUUGCUUCACAUUCUUUGGAAAAUGGAGCAGUUUUUGACCAAACAACAAUCAGAAACAAGCAAUUAAAUGCCAAUUUGGUCCAAGACGUGUCCUCAGAUUAUGCAGACAAGUCAAGCAGGAAGAUAAAACUAAACACCAUUGUAACUCAAGGUAUGACUUCAAAAGUACCAAAGAAGUUAACCAGGCAGAAAAAAAGUCUCUAUUGGUGUUUUCUGCGUUAACUAAAAGGGAAAUGCUAACCAAGAACAGAGGAAGAAGCAUUGUAUUUUGAGGCUUCAUGUGCCUGAAUAACUCGGUGCAUGCUUUGCAUAUUACUUUUAUCAUGAUUGAUUGGUCAUGUAUACUAACAGGGUUCUCCCUUUUGUUAUGUUGGAAUAAUCUAUUUUCUUAUUUUU